UGUAGUUUUCUGCACUUUCUGGCCAACGCUUCCUCUCAAUGGAUACCUUUUUCAUUUAUAUAUCAAUAUCAAUGCUAGAUUGAUUAAAUAUUUGAACUAGCGUUAUAUAGUUGAUAAUUGUUAAAGAGCAGUUUAAAUAUCUCUGUGUUUACUUAGACAAUAUAAAAACAGCAGCACAUACUGCUGAUGUUCAACAUGAACUGUUUCUUAUUGGACUAAAGACUGGGACCCUGCAUGGAAGUAUUUUCAAACCACAGUGAGGGAAAUACUUUGUCAUUAGAUAACUGAUUCAAAAGAAAGCUUCAUAUCUAAAUUAAACAUGUGACUAAGGGUUUAGGGUAAACCAGGCCAUCUGUAAGUCUUUGGGAACUAUAGGGACUCUAUGACUCGGUAGGAAAAGUUAAAUAGUUCUAAAAAAAACAAAAACAUUAAAGACUAGGCUAUAUGGCUGACAUUUUAAAGGAAAGAAAAAAGAAAGGUAGAAAAAUCUUUCCGUCUCUCUGUUGCUCCCUCUCAGAUCCUGUGGUAAAGCAUCGGCCAACACCAUCACCCACCAACCACCAACUGGAUGACCAGGAGGUGAGGUCCCUCCACCAGCGCAGCACAGCGCCACACAGAGGCCUGGUACAGACUGACAGCCCGAACUUCCUCUGCAGCAGCCUGCCACAGCACUGGAGGUGUAACAAGACCCUGCCGAGAGUCUUCACUGUGGUUGCCCUGGGCAACGACGUGCCAGACGGCGUGGUUGUCACAGUGAUGGCUGGCAAUGAAGACAACAGCAGCGCUGAGCUACGUAACGCCACAGCAACCAUGAAGCAAGGCUACGCCCACUUUAAUGACCUCCGCUUCAUAGGUCGCAGCGGGAGAGGCAAGAGUUUCACACUUUCCAUCAAUGUGAUGACGUCGCCCCCUCAGAUUGCCACCUUUCACAGAGCUAUCAAGGUUACUGUGGAUGGACAGCGGCUGCCAAGAAGACAGAGGCAGAAGGAUGUGAAGUCAGGAAUGUUCAGGUCAUCCAGCAGCAGCACUGCAUCAUCAGAUUGUAGAUCCUAUUCCUCCUCUCUGUGGACCAGUGAGCCGUCAUUCCUGGGCCAGGUGACUUCUCUGACCCCCUCCUUCACUCCAAGUCCCAGAAUGCACCACCUGCCUGCCCUCUCCUACUCCACCCAGGCCACACCAUACAGCUCGUACCUGUGUUCUCCUCCUCCUCCCCCUCCGCUGAGCCACGGUGGUCAGUUCCAGCCGGGCAGCUUCUAUUACGGACCGAACCAACCGGUCCAAACAACGGGGGAUGAUCGCAGCGUUGUCACAGCUCUGUCCAAUUAUAUUGAAGGGGCGUGUCUUUCUUUAAGGGGGGAGGAGGCUGUGUGGAGGCCUUAUUGAUGAUUGGAUGUGUUGUGUUAUACAUCAUCUUAAAGUAGAGUCUUUCAUGUUAUAUUUUCAGUCUCCCACCCACCUGUAAAAAGAAAUCUUUAAACUUGUUUUUCAGCAUGCCUAACUUCUCUGUACCACAGUGAUUAUAUUGUUCUUAUUUAUUGUACUGUUGUGAAAAUAUUUAUUAAUUAAUUAUUAUUUAAUAGUUAUUUAAUACUUUUACAUAUACUUUGGGUUAAACAAUAACAGCAGUUGUUAUACAAUAAAAGCAUUUAUUAGCAACAAGUGUAUUAAAAAAACAGCAUUAACUUAAUCU